AUUUCCAAACCACGUGACCCGUGUUUACAUUUUCCCUCAGCUGUUUCUUUCUUCCUUCUCUCCAGCACAGCGUCUCGCCGUUACAACUCUUAUUUUCCCCAACCAAACCACUAAAGUUAGCCCAGACCAGGAGUACUUAGUCUCUGGAAGAGGCUGUUAUUGUCUGAAAGUGGCUUUCACUGACCGUCGCAUUGCACGGUGCGUUCACUUGCAAGAAGUGAGUAAAUGCGACACGACAUUCUCUCUUGCUGCUCGGACAUGAGCCGCAUCUGAAGUGACUCUCGACGACUCGCGUUGGCAGGACCCCCUCAGCCAGCGUAGAUAUCCAUGCCGCUGUGAGGAGGACUCACUCAACCUGUGUACAAGUUCAGCCCUUCCGUGUCUCUUCACUUUUCGCCAUGGGGGGAGCUGUGAGCGCCGGGGAGGACAACGAUGACCUCAUCGAUAACCUAAAGGAGGCGCAGUACAUCCGCACAGAGAAGGUCGAGCAGGCCUUCCGAGCCAUAGACCGAGGCGACUACUAUCUGGACGGCUAUCGGGACAGUGCCUACAAAGACUUGGCGUGGAAGCACGGAAACAUUCACCUGUCUGCCCCGUGUAUAUACUCUGAAGUAAUGGAGGCCCUCAAACUGCAGCCAGGCCUUUCCUUCCUUAAUCUGGGCAGCGGAACCGGUUACCUGAGCACAAUGGUUGGGCUCAUCAUAGGCCCCUAUGGUGUGAACCAUGGAGUUGAGCUCCACAAGGACGUUGUCGAGUACGCCAGACAGAAACUUGAUGAAUUCAUUAAGAAUAGUGACAGUUUUGAUAAGUUUGAAUUCUGUGAACCUGCCUUCGUGGUGGGGAAUUGCCUUGAAAUCUCAACGGACAGCCAUCAAUACGAUCGCAUUUAUUGUGGCGCUGGAGUGCAGAAGGACCAUGAAAAUUACAUGAAAGUUCUGCUCAAAAUUGGAGGCAUACUGGUGAUGCCUAUAGAGGAUCAGCUGACCCAGAUAACCAGAACCGGUCAGAGCACGUGGGAUAGCAGGAACAUCUUGGCGGUGUCCUUUGCCCCCUUGGUCCAGCAGAGCCGAGCAGAAGGAGAGAAGCCUGACACUGUCCAGCUGCCCCCAGUGACCGUCCGCAGCCUACAGGACCUAUCUCGCAUUUACAUUCGCCGCACUCUCCGCAACCUGGCGAAUCAGGACAGUCAGGGGAAGGGCACAGUUCAGAGGGUUCCCCACAAGCGCAAAAGGAGGCGCUGUCGUCGGCGGCGCAUCAACACCUACGUUUUUGUGGGCAAUCAGCUCAUACCUCAAAUGGUGGAGAGCGAAGAGGAGGAACACGCUGAGGAGGAACAGAAGGAGGCGGCGGCAGAGGAGGAGGAGGAAAGAGACAUUGGUGACAUUGAAAUCAUCAAGCAAGUGAAUGAGCUGAGAGAACAAAUACUGGCUCUGCCUCUGCCGGAGUCGCUGAAAGCGUACUUGCUGUAUUACAGAGAGAAAUGACUGAUCCACUCGAUGUCCGUCCUUAAUGAGUGCUCUGCCUGCUGAAAUCCCGUUUUCUUCGCCCUUUUUUUCAGUUCGAUGUAGCAUUAUUAUCACCUAAUCUCAAAGGCAACACUGUAUUGGAACAAGAUGACUUAAUGUCAGAUCAUAAUGUUUUGAUUUCCAUGGGUGUUCGUUUCUCUUGACAUUUUUGUUUUUGAUCUGUAUAAAAACAUAUGUAAAAAGUCUCCUAAAUGGACAUUUAGUUUCAGGAAACCGUUUUGAGAUACAGAUUUUAUCAAAUCAGGAUGUCUGCAGAUAUUAUGCAGAUAAAAACUGUAUAAAUGACAAAAAAAAAAAAAAAAUCUGUUAUGGUUUUGUUAAAAUAUGAUCAUACAAAAAUGAAAACUUUACUGCACCUUUUGUAGAAGCUUUAACCUGCUGUCACUAUACGGGGAUUUAAUUACACAGAAACGUGCAAGUAAGGCCACAUCUGAUCCCAUUUUUCAACUAAAGAUUAAGAACUUCUUGCAUAGACAUGAAUGGGGGGAGAAAUACUUGUCUUGAUGCAUUUUAUACCUUCCUGCUAACAAAAAAAAAAAAAUAGAUCACUGGAAAAUAUGAAAUUGGUUCAUAUAUAUAUAUAUAUUUUCUACAGGGCACAUUUUAAUGUUAAGUUUUCUAAAGCAUGCUUACAUUCUUGUGGGUUCUCACUGCGAUAAACUGACAUGUUAUUUGAUGCAAUGUAAGCUCUCUACUCUGUUGUCUUUUCUCAAGGAUGCAUUUAAAUAAUAUAUCAGAGGUUUAGCAUUUGUAAGGAAAUAAGCUACAGAUGUUUAUGGAUAGUUCACGGUUUCAGAAAGGAAGAUGUUUAAUUAAUAUUGAUCAUAUUAUAUAUAUAUAUCUCAGGUGUUUCUAGGCACCGUUUCACAUGUUCUGACUGAUCGCUGGAGGUGAUGUCACAAGUGAUUAAGUUUAGGAAUAUGUCUU